UUGGCAAGAUGUCACGAGAUAAAAAAAAAAAAAAAAGCACAAGAUAAUAUUAUCUCGCAGUUCCAUGGGAUUUCACAAUAAAUAUCUGAAUAAUCAUUGCGAUAUUCCUCGUGUCAGGAAGCAUGUGGCUUAAACAUGGGCUUUCAAACUGGAUGGAAGAUUCAUGGCCUUUUAACACGGAGUUAAAAAACCUGAUCAAUUGAAGCCGUGUCCUUAUGGAGGAUUAAAAGUGAUCACGAUGUUAAUCGGUAUCGAUAAAUCAUGAAGUGGCUGUGAACUCCAUUUCCCAACAGGACCGCUCUAAUUGAUUUAAAUGCCUCGUGAUCACUUACCGAGGGGUCUCUGCCAUUAUUAUUGUGUCUCUGAUUGCGGUUUUCUUCACGUCCUAUUCCAAAAUGAGAGCUGCAGUCUUUUGCCCAGAGCUGCAAAAAUAAUUAUUAGCAUCUUUGGAACAAACAGACGAACAACACCCCCCCCAUACACACACACGCACACACACACAAACGCAAGCACACACACACGCGCGCGCGCGCACACGCACUUCGCCUCGCGGCCCCAGAACAGACCCCCCUCCUCGCGCGCUCAUCUCCCACUUUCCUUUUUUGCCACGUUCAGCCCUUUAAUUUAUGCAAAAUUAAUUGAUAUAUCUUUUAUAAUUGAUGUGCUGUAAAAUUAACGAGUAAUUUAUGUAAUUAGUCCAUUAAGGAUAAUUCCAAGCAUAUGCUCGAUAUGCCCAGAAGGUGCGCUUUACAAGUAGUUAUUUGUCCAGGAGUUGAAUGGGGAAAAAAGAUAGAGAGAGAGAGAGAGAGUGGAGGGAAAAAAACCCGUCUAAUUAAUUUCUUUAUGCGUAUCAGCAGCGUGGCGUCUACUUAACACGGCGCUUUGUGGGGAAGAAGGUUUAAUAUUGAUCUAAAAAAACGACAACAAACAACAACAUCACGGAGGCACGCGCCCGCGUCAGCCUCGCCGGGCCUCACCGUGACACUUGAACAUGCGGCGCGUGUCAGUGAUGUGCAGCCUCAGAUGCGUGUUUCACACUCUCCUUCACUGUCAAGGGACAACACAAGCAGUGGCUGUUGUAUUUAUUUAUUUCAUUAAUUAAUACGUCUAGUCCGUGAGGUUUCUCGCGGCAACAAAAAAAGAUCACGUUCAGUGAGAAAUAAUUACUUGGAGCCCACAGUAUUAAGGCUGACACUCCCACAACAUAUUAAAGGAGCUGUUCAGGGAAACAUCACUUUCACACAAAUUCCCCCGCUUACCUCCAAGCCAUAUGUUUGGUGUCCAAUUUCUGCUGCUUGGUUUUGCACUGGUAGCCAACAAUUAAUGGAAACCCAUGACUACCAGUUAGCAUCUGGAAAAACUGCACUUACCAGGUUUAUUUGGUAACCAUAAAUAAACAAGGCGGUAAGCACUUUUGUUUUCUAAACUAGCCAGUGUGUAUUUAAAGUUAAUAUAUUUUAUUAGUAGUCAUAUGAAUGAGUUUUGCUUUAAAAUGGCCUAGACGCAUACUUUAUUAAAUAACAAAAUAGAAAUGUAGGGACAAAAUAAAGCUGACAAGCUUGACAGCUCCAGAGUCACCCGGUCGAUCCUGAGCUACGGAGUUCUCCUUCCACCUCCCAGAAACAUUUCAGUGCAUCAGCUGAUCUAAAUCUACCCCAGGUGUCAAUGAGUGUGUGAUGGACUAGCAUUCCCAUCCAGGGUGUAUUCCCACAUCAUGCCCAGUGUUCCUAGGAUCGGCUCUGGACCCACCGUUACCCUGACUAGAAUAAAGAGGUUAAUGAAUGAAUGAAUGAAUGAAUGAAAGUUUAUUAUAAUGCACGAUGGUUACAGCAUCUGCUUUACAUCAUGCUAACUGCUGGUCAGGUUUCUAUUACUGCUACUACUAGUUAACGUUGUUAUCCUUGUAGCUCGGCCUAAUGAAAGUAAAACUACAGCAGAAACUAGAGAAGGACAUCCAGUUUGUCUUGGAUGAUGGCAUCAAUUUACAUUUAAGCUGCAAAUGACUUUAUCUUAGCAAUUGUUAUGUAUAUAUUAUGUUUAACAUCCUUACAAAAUUUCCCAUAGCCAUCAGUUACAAACAGUACAUCUGUUCCAAUUAGAACAACUAUAACAACAGACGUAACAAACUAUACGCCAAAACGUUUGCCACACUAUCGACACACUGAUAUUUUGUAAUAUUGCAGUAUAUUUAGUCUGGAGAAUGAAGUUAACAAAUCUGCUAAUAACCUUUAGGUAUCUAAAGAUAUGAUCUACUUUGGAAGUCUCUAGAAGUUUAAUACAUUUAACCUUAUCUUAAAACAAAAGAAAUGUGUUCAAUUCCGAAGCUAUUGUAUAAUUGUUAUAUUUGACAGAAAUUGAACUUGAACUUAAAAUGUCAUGUCAUGUACACAUCCUCCCACUUACUACUACCUGAGGUUAGUUAGCUAACCUCAUAAUAGUAAUAUUCUUGUCCAUUUUUCACAUUUUUGAGACCAGUCUCUCUGCCGACGUUACUGGCGCCCAUGCUGGUUCUGUCCAUUAUCAACAACAAGGCCUUAUUUUCAGGUCUGUGGUGUAUGAUGGGACAGUUUAACACCCACAGUUUAUUCAUUUGCCCAUUUGCACAUCACCUGGGUCUUUUUAUGGUACUAUAUUUUUUCACAUCGAUCAGUUUUGUAUGUUCAUAAAUCGUCUACUGUCAAAAACCAUGGGUUAUUCGGAUCAUCUUACUGGUGAAAUCAGCCUUUUGCUGAAAACCUGAAAGCAUAAUUUCAUGUUUUAGGAUGUGCCUUCAUUUGUUGUGCAUAAACAUGUGAUUUGUGACAAUAAAGAAAAUCAGAUCCAGUCAAGAAAAGUAAAUAAAGCACCAUACACUGAUGUGCUGUCAGGGACAAGGGCAUUAACCCGUGUCUUUUCUCGCUGCUGAUGUGGUGCUGUACCUUUUGUACCUUUUGCACGCAUGUUUCUAUUGAAUAUGUAGAUAAAAAGUGUAUGUUUAGUGAAAAAGAUUAAAAGUAUAUAUAGCACUAUAGCUAUUCAUUUCAAGUAAAGGUUGAAUGCUACACUAUACAAAACGUGUACUUGAGGGUACUAUGUCGGCGGCAAGGAACGGUACAGUUUAGUGCCCUUUUUUCCUGAGAGUGUAAUCAAUAAGAGCUUCCACAUGUUUUUAGAUGUGCCUUCAUUUUUUUUAAGUGAGAAUUAUACUUGGAUGCAUGAAUACAUCUGUCUGUUUUUGACAGGAUGGGAAACAAUAGUUGUCUGUAAUGUUUCCUUGCUAUAUUGCCUCCCGAAUGUGUUUUUAAUAUGUAUUUUUCUUCCGGAAAUGUAGAAAUAGUGAAUAUUUAUAAGUAAAAAAUACAUUUUAAAAGUGCAAAACAUGUGGCACCAUACCAAUAGCAAGAAAAGGUACAGCUUAGGGAUAAGAACUCUCAAAGGUUUCUCUAUCAACCUUUAUAUUUUUACUAUCAGUUCAAAAUGUAGAUAUAGUAAGCAUUUAAAAUUGAUUUAGGGCAAAUAAUUGGACCCUAAUUUAAUUUCAGAGCAAACCUUUAAGCUUUGACCUUUCAAAUGGACCAUGAUGAGAAAACCAGUGUUUUGCAAAUAAAAAAAAAGCAUGUUGAUCCAGGCAAAGUGACUAAAGAACCAUCUUGAGGAUCAAUACAUAUUUUGGAUAUGGGGUCUCUUAAAAAAAAACUUUUAACACUUCCAGUGUCUUACUUGUAAACACAAAUUUCAGGCUCAUGUGCUAAAGGUUAUUAUUCAGCGGCUAAACCGAAUAUGUUGACAGUUAGGUGUCGAUCUCUUUAGGGCACUUGUUCACCGAUGACCCUUUAAGCUGCUGAAGGACUAAAACCACUUUCAGGAUCGUAAUGAGAGAGAUCUGCUGGAAUUAAUUGACACCACUUUGAAUAUUCAUCACAUAAUCUAAGCGGUGCGCUUUUAAUUAUAGCCUAUCGCUGGACCUCUCUCUCAGGAAGGUAAAUCACGGAAGGCCUAAUUAAUGUAAUGUAUUCCCCGACCCGCGGGGACGCGCCGAGGCGCCGCGCCGCUGUGGUCCGAAGUGCGCCGGCUCUUUUGUUAUGCUGUUUACCGGCACCAGGGCUCAGAAAACUGUUCUGAUUAUUACCUUUGUACAAGUCGACUAUAUAGGAUGCUCAAACAUAACUAACAGGUCUUUAAAUCUUUCACCCUUUUAGCAAUGCGCAUGUGAACCCAGGGACGCGGGGACGCGCGCCUCAGCCUGUGCUGGUGGUUUCUUGAGGUUUUUUUUAUUUUAAUUUUUAAUACAUUCUCCCAAAUUAUUUAUGAUGAGCGAGUACUGCUACUACUACUACUACUACUACCGCAACUACUACUAAUAAAAUUAAUUUACUAGUCUGGUAUGAUGUUUCAUUCAUUUAAUCUGGCCUCUAUAACUAGAGUUUAACGACUGGCGGUGAAACUUUAUAGGCACCUCUAUUACUUCGCUGACAUAAUUGAGGAUAAAUGUUGGAUCUGAUUAACUGUUAAUUUUAUUGCACAAUAUAAUAGUAUUAAUUUUUUUUUCUGGCUUUGUUUGGGUUUUGCAAAUUUUGUUACGUCUCCUGUCUGAUGUUUCCAUGUACUGUCCAUAUGGCUCUUAACAUGCAGAAAACGCUCAAUAAUAGUUAGUUAUAAUAAGAUUGCAAACACUGUUGAAUUUUAAUUUUGAAACAGAUCACGCGAUUAAGACGCAGAGUUUUAAGAUCACCCUGAUUUUACUAGACAGCCCACAUGAUUCAUUUUGAUAUUUAAAAAGAAAUGAUACAAGGGUUUUGUUUUUAAAUAUCAUUAUUAUGGUUUCAUUUUCAGAAUCUUAUGCUAUGUAUAUUUAAUGCAAUGUUAGUAUAUGUUUUGCCCUCUUCAAAAAAAAAAAAAAAACUGUUUAGUUAUACUAUUCACGCCAUGAUUUAACCCGAGGCGCAUUAACAUUAUUAGACUCGUGAUUUGCCGGCGCGCUUAAUAACGCCCUCCGAUUGGCACAGAUGAAGUUGCCUGUAAGUGCAUAUAAAUUUGGUUCCUCCCUCUAUUUCCCCCCCUUGACUCUCAGGGGGUCGGAACCUCCAAUAUUCUUACGAAAAGGGUCGUGGAGCGACGAGCGCAUAAAAGUCGGGCUGUGGUGAUGCUGCAGCUCGGCGUUAGUGCAGCUCCGGUCACUUGGCACGCGUUGAGAGAGGACGCAUGAACCCAUGGCGCACAAGGUAACUUUUAAAAGUCUUUCAAAUAGCGACCGUGUGCGUCAUCUUUUUCUUCGCUUUUAACACGCGGCUCUUAAAUUAGUCUGAUCGAUAUUUUAUUUUAUUUUAUUUUUAUUAUUUUUUUUUUUACAUUUUUUUUUACACGUUGGUUGAUCUGAUUUUGUGAUUGAAACCAGAAAUAGAUUUAGGAGCAAUAAAUAGGCCAGACAUAGAUGCACUGGACCUGAUGAUGGAUGUCUUUUUUUUCCAACGGAAAGAUUUCUCAGAAUAGAUUACUCACUGACAUUGCUUAGCGCAGAUAUUUUUGAAAAGAAACACGAGAUCAGCCAAAGCCAUGCCUCGGCCAGGCAAGAACUCCUACAGUGACCAGAAACCUCCUUACUCGUACAUCUCUCUGACUGCCAUGGCCAUCCAGAACUCCUCAGAGAAGAUGCUCCCCCUCAGCGACAUCUACAAAUUCAUCAUGGACCGCUUUCCGUACUACCGUGAGAACACACAGCGCUGGCAGAACUCACUCCGUCACAAUCUCUCCUUCAACGACUGCUUCAUCAAGAUCCCACGCCGCCCUGACCAGCCCGGCAAGGGCAGUUUCUGGGCACUGCAUCCGGACUGUGGUGACAUGUUCGAGAACGGCAGCUUCCUGCGUCGCCGCAAGCGCUUCAAGGUGCUCCGUAUGGAACACAGCGCGUGCAAGAGUGCCCCCAUCCUUCACCCGUACCACCCUCAUGCCCAGCACCAUCACCCUCAUCAUGCGCACCAGCACGCAAACAAGCUUAGUAUGGGGCACCCUGACUACCUGGGCACUGUAGGGCGUCUGUCCCAUUUCCAGAGCUACGCACUCGGGGGUGGGCAGAGCGGAGGAUUCAAACACCCAUUUGCAAUCGAGAGCCUGAUCGGACGAGACUACAAGGGGGUGAUGGCGGGUGGGCUGCCCAUCGCCUCCGUCAUGCACCACCUGGGUUACUCAGUACCCAGUGUGGUCAACUCUGUGUGGCCACAUGUAGGUGUGCUCUCUGAAUCGUCCCCUGUCUCAUCUGAGUACCCGCCGUUUGGGGUGGCGGUCAAGGGGCUGUACCACCACACAGGAAGCCCUAACAUGCCUGCUGUGCCUGUUCCCAUCAAGCCCACACCGACGCUAGGUGCUGUGCCAUCUCUGACAGGCCUGGCACCAGGGGCAGCUCAGCACUGCUCUCGGAUGGACAGAGAAGCGACGGAUCUGAUGGAGGACAAAACCGGAUCUCUUCAUCCUUCUCUGCUGCAGUCCUGAAAUGAAAGCGACACAGUAAGAGUGUCGUGAUGUGAGGGUAUGUACUGCUGCAUGCUUUGGACACAAUUCCAUACAAGUAACCACAAGAGACUGAUAAAGAUCUCCCGGAGUGUGACAUUUUUGUUUUCUUUCAUCGUGAACUUAGAUGCUUUUUAGGUGCUGAUAACUGCAUUGUAUUUAUCUCUCUCCUUCAGUCUCUCCCUCUCCCUUCUGUAUAAAAUACAUACUGUUUCUUUUGCAUAUUGCACUUCUCUUGCAAAACUUAGGUAGGCUGUUUGCAGGUAGGCUCUAUAUGUGUAGUAACAAUCAUGAUUAAGCGCGACAAAACUUUGUCAGUGUUUACCGAGAAAUUUUUUUUUUUGUACCAUUUAUAAAUCGAAAGAGCCGGAUUUAGGCUGUAACAUUUGACUCUGCUUUUCCUUCGACUCCCUGUUGACUGUGUAAAUGACUUUUGUAUUCUGUAAAUUCUGUGCUAUGGAAUUGUAUAAAGUCAAAUCAAUUUAAUGCAUAUUGAAUAAUAUUUGUACACAUUAUAGCAUGCCUGGCAUGCAUGAUUGCCUUUGUAAAGACGCUCUUCUGGAAUGCACUGUGUUAGGAAGAAAUGCUGUCAUUAAUUAAAUGAACCCAAAGUCAAAAUGUGAAAUUUCUGUUUUAAAAAAAAAAAAAAUCACACACAAGGAAAGAUGUUGAAAUGUUUUAUUGUACAGAAAUGUUAACUGUUAUGAUGUGCUUACAAACACGCGAGGACUAUUUUAACCAGGUCCUCAACUCCUUUUAAAUAUGGUUUUCUUCCUACAAACAGCCUUAAUUCCACAGCUAAAUUGAAUUGCCUAAUAUAUGGGGAAUGGUAUAUUUGUAAUAUAUUUAAUUAUUUAUCGUGGUGAAUAGAUAAGGAACUCAAAUGAGAUGUUUUGGGGAUAUCAGUAUUCUCCUGA